ACAGUAACGGUUGUGGUGGAGAAUAUGGGGAGAAUGAACUACUGGUGGAAGCAACCAAGCGAUGUGCGGAAAGGACUAUCUUCAGCACCUGAUAUCACUUUUGAGGACGGGGAGGGGGAUACGGAUGAUAUGGAACCGUCGUCGUACACCAUCUAUACUCUACCAAUGACACGCGACCUUAUUUAUAAAGCGAAUUGGACAACGAUUCCGCAGACGACUCCGGAGGCAAACAGUCAGGGAAGCGUCAACCCGAUUUCACUGCAGCCCGGCACAUUCUACCGUGGGUCCCUGACCAUCACAGGGGGUCUGAGAGGAGGAACGAUGUUGGACAUGAGAGGGUUUGGAAAGGGAUUUGUAAUUGUUAACGGUUUUAAUCUUGGCCGCUUCUGGUCUGAAGUAGGUCCGCAGUACUCACUGUACUGCCCGGAGUCCAUCCUAAAGGUGGAUGCGCCGAAUGAAGUGAUUGUGUUUGAACAGAGUCUGUCCUUUUCGGAAAAGCGAAAACCACCGACGGUACACUUCACAAACGUGAACUAUGAUGUGUUUGACGUUGAAAAAGGUGUAACUGCAAGCGAUGUAAUUGGUUUUUUCCCUGACAAGGAAGAUGAAAGAUGUAACUGCGCUUUUAACCAGACUGCUCUCCAUAAUAUUGAUCCGAGGUUUUCUGCGAUUGGGGGGGAUAAUACAAUGAUUGCAAGUACUUUUACACCGUUUGUUUUGCUUGGUUUUCUUCUUUUGAAGGUAUCCGUAUUUCCCUGA